GGGUAUGUGUGUGGUGUGGACAAAUGAACGACGGACUCUAUACAGACGUUAAAACAUUAUAUCGCGUUAUUUUUCAUUUACAACAUAAUAAGCAACAUCUACAGCCGAGAAAAUACAAUAACGGCUGUUAUUUGUUCUCUGUUUUAUUAAUAGCAGCGACCUAACGUUUACUUGAUCUCCUCCUGGCUCUGAAGCCGCGCGAUGAAACCACGCAUGUGUUGAUCUGUGCUGCAGCAACGUGCAUCGGUUCCUCUUUGACCCCAGCGAUAAUCUGCAUUCAGACUGAGGCUUCAAUAUAUUUCCUAGCUGCUGGAUUUUAGGGUAUUCCGGAGCGUCUAUAUUUAUGUAAUUUCCAAAUAUUUAUGAAAUAUCCGAGAGGCUUUUAUAUCAAUUCAGUGGCUGCCCUCGCAGCAGCGUAACGGGUUCAGAUUUUCAGAACUGAAUUAUAACGCGAGCUGGUAUGUACGUAAUGUGUCAUAGCGAAGAUAGUCAGUAAAUAGAGGGACACGUCCAUCUGCAAUAAAGAGGAAAAGAAGAUGGUGUUCCUGGCCUCUGAAAAUAUACCAUGUAAAUGGUCGACUGCGAUGUUGAAACCUGGCUUUCCAGUCAAGAUAUUUCUCUGUGUGUUUUUAAUCGUAUAUCUUCCUUCAAGUUCCCUCCAAAGUGAGAAUGAUGACGAUGAAGUUACAAACAAAACCUGGGUGCUGACCCCCAAAGUCUACGAGAGUGAUGUCACUCACAUCUUAAACAGCCUUCUCGAUGGCUACGACAACAAGCUGCGGCCUGACAUUGGAGUGAAGCCCACAGUGAUUCACACGGACAUGUUUGUCAACAGCAUCGGCCCAGUAAAUGCUAUCAACAUGGAGUACACCAUCGACAUCUUCUUUGCCCAGACCUGGUAUGACAGACGGUUGAAGUUCAACAGCACCAUGAAGGUGCUCCGCCUGAACAGCAACAUGGUCGGCAAGAUCUGGAUCCCUGACACGUUCUUCCGCAACUCAAAGAAGGCCGACGCCCACUGGAUCACCACACCCAAUAGGAUGUUGAGGAUCUGGAAUGAUGGACGCAUACUCUACACCCUGAGGUUGACUAUAGAUGCCGAGUGCCAACUUAAACUGAACAACUUUCCAAUGGAUGAGCACUCCUGUCCCCUGGAGUUCUCAAGCUAUGGCUACCCAAAGGAGGAGAUUGUGUACAGGUGGAAGAGGAGCUCAGUGGAGGUUGGAGACAUCCGCUCCUGGAGGCUCUACCAGUUCUCUUUCGUGGGACUCCGCAACACCUCCGAGAUCGUGAGGACUGUCUCAGGGGACUACGUGGUGCUGACGGUGUUCUUCGACCUGAGCCGUAGGAUGGGCUACUUCACCAUCCAGACCUACAUCCCCUGCACGCUGAUCGUGGUCCUCUCUUGGGUCUCCUUCUGGAUUAAUAAGGACGCUGUUCCUGCAAGAACCUCUUUAGGCAUCACCACGGUGCUGACCAUGACAACCCUGAGUACCAUCGCCCGCAAGUCCCUUCCGAAGGUGUCCUAUGUGACGGCCAUGGACCUGUUCGUGUCCGUGUGCUUCAUCUUCGUCUUCGCCGCCCUCAUCGAGUACGGCACCCUGCACUACUUUGUGAGCAACCGGAAGCCUAGUGCAAAAAAGGACAAGAAGAAGAAAAAUCCCCUCCUCCGGCUCUUUUCCUCAAAGCAGACACCCACGGUGGACAUCCGCCCCCGCUCAGCCACAGCUAUCCAGAUGAACAACGCCACGCACAUGCAGGACCGCGACGAGGAGUAUGGCUAUGAGUGUCUGGACGGGAAGGACUGCACCAGCUUCUUCUGCUGUUUCGAGGACUGCCGCUCAGGCGCCUGGCGGCAUGGCCGCUUGCACAUCCGCGUCGCCAAGAUAGACUCGUACGCCCGCAUCUUCUUUCCCACGGCGUUCGGUCUGUUCAACCUGGUCUACUGGGUCUCAUAUCUCUAUCUUUAGAUCCAUCCAUUUCUCUCUUUAUCUUUUUUUAUUUUAUAUUAUCGUUUUUUGCCGGCCUUAUCGUUUGCCUCUUACUCCAGCAAGACCAUAUCUUUGUUUCUGAAGGGGACCCACUGAAUUUAAAAAAAUUGAAAAUCCAUCUGUGUUUUUUGGAUUCCAUAUCAAUUUAUACAUAUAUAAAUAUAAAUAUACAGUAUAUAUACAUAUAUAUAUUAACUUUGAAAAAAAUGUUAAGCAAAAGUUGUAGCAAAACUGAAGGAAAUGGGGGGUCAGAGACUAAUGGGGUUCGAUUGGAGACUUUAAUUUGUUUCAUUUAUAUAUUUAUUUAUGCAUUUAUUUAUUUAUUUAUUUUGUGGGUAAAGCCAAAACUUUAUGAUUUUGCAUGAACUCCUGGAAUCUUCUGUCAUAAUGUGUAGACGAAGCUCCACAGAUACAAGUGUCACUGUGUCAAAGCACAACUCCACACCAACGGCUUUGGCAGACAGCAGUCCUUAGCAGUCCUUAGCAGAGGUUGUGUAUCAGUCAGUGUCAGUCUGACCAAUGGCAAACAUAUCUCACUAAACCUACUUUGUUUUCUUUAUCAGUACAUCUCAGAUUUUAAAAAAGCACUUUAAAAGAGGAAUAUACAACAUAGAGAACAAUUAUGAAUUGUAGAGUUUCUCUUUUUUUCACAUACCUAUAAUUUCCAUUCAUGUCACUGCUGAGUAGAUAUUUAGUAAAUGGUCACCUGUACAGACACUGUAUAUAUUUAAAUACUGUAAUGUAGUGGUUUACAUUUAAUGCAUGCACCUGCUAUGGGGCCAUAAAUGAACAUGUACUGAAGUUUUCUCUUGUUGGCUUAGGUUAUACAGAACAACUCAAAUAACAAGCCACUGUUGAUUGUUAACAUUUGAUUCAUCAUGACACCAUUCUCAGUAAAAGGAGACAAUUAUUUGGCAAAUCCUGGAGCCUUUUUGUGUCAAAACACAGAUUCCAUGCUCUCUUGUUUACGGGAACGUUAACGUUACUGCUUGUGUAUGCCGCCUACAGUGCACCACUUAACCUUUAUGUUUCUGACAGGGCGUCUUGGAGAUUUUGUAUUUCCAUUUUAGCUCAUCAUGAACAGCUCCUACUGAGUCCAUGGCCAGAUGUGUGGCUGUGGUGGCUGUGAUCUGCCUGCCUCUGCUCCAUAGCUGGACAUGUUGGGGCUAGCUUAUUCACAUCUGUCACAGUCUCAUUGCUGACAAAACUCUAUUACAUUCAGGGCAUUGCUUGGGUAUGUCUCCCUGUUCUGUAGUCCUUCAGUACAAGAUACAGUAUAUACAGUAGCUGUCAUUUAAAAACUGCAACAAAAUGAAGUAUCAACAUUUGGCACACAGAAACUUUGAUAAGGACUGUGGUCUGUCAUACAGAAUGCUUAAUUUCCUCAAACACACCCCUAACAUAAAAGCCACAUUUGAUUUCGUAUUCGAUGUUUAUGACACAGAAGAGAUACCCCACAUUAGUAAAUCAUGCGUAUGGAGCAAUGAUUUAGUAUGGGGAUCAAGUUAUUCAGUCAAUAUUGAUUUGGAUAUGUUAUGUCCCAGGUAGUAAACUUUAUAGCCUUAUUUAACCAAUGCUUCAUAAACAUAUUGUUAGUUCAGAGAGACUAGUCAGAGUCAUGGAGGAGAGAUGUCACCCCUGUAGGAUUUCACUUUCCUUAGGGCUUUGCACACUUCAGGCAGCAAUUUUGGUUAAUUUCUUUAACACUGGAUUGAGUUGGCAUGUAUACAGAAAAAAAAUAUUUUCUUUGUAUUCUCUUUUCGAUUAAUCUAUAUACAUGUAGAGGAACCUGACCUGUGAUAUCCCAAUGGUUCAAACAGAACCCAACUGAAGGAUGGUUCUUUAAAACAGCCCAGUCUGUUCUGUUGGGAUUCUCACAGACAGACUCACCACCAGCUGUGUUUGCAUAUGGCAGGAGCUGAUAGAGCAGGCUGGAACUUGGCAUUUACGUGCUUACCUUUCUCAGAUAUCUCACCCCUGUUAACACCCUCAAAUAGCAGCAUACUUUGUACAGAAAAGAAAAAUUCACUAUGUAUUUGGAUCAAUUAGACAGUAUUCCUGAGAAAGCAUUUUUUUCCCAGAACUCAACACUGCAAUUAAUUAAAACGCAUAAAGUGCGUAUAGAAGACGUAGAAAAUCACCUUUAUGUAUUACGGUGCUAAUUGUCCUAUCCAAAUUGUGAGGUAUAGGUGAAUGUUUCUCCUAAAGACUGCAGCAGACAGAUCUCCACAGGAGCGGCUGAACCGUGAUGUGUUCGCAGGACUGAUGCAUAAGCCUUACUUGCCUAGAACACGUACACUGUGGAAAAACACUGAGAGAUCAGAGGAAGGAGCCCUAACGCGUGCGUCCCAUGGGAACUGUGUAGCUCCAGAGUGAUAAUCUAUUCUUAUUUUCUGCACCCCGCUGUUUCUAUAAUACAUGUGUUAUAUUGUGUAUAAUGGUUAAAUAUGCUCAUAGUUUGAGUGUUUUGGCCGACCCUACAAAUGAACUAGUAUUCUAUUACACCUUGAGUUCUAAAGAAAGGAUGCCUAUGAGUUGUGUAGGCACUUUUUAAAGAAGCAUGUUCACUAUUAUAUAUUGGUCUCUGAAAUUUGAUUACUCAAAACCUUUGGUGUCCUAAUUUUGUAUCUGUUGUUUAUUGUUUACAUGAUGAAGAGGGUGAGUGUGAGUGAGGACUAUAUAGGUUAGUUUCAUGGUGUAUAUAUUAAUGAACUUAUGUGUACAUUUUGUUCACACUGUCCUUUAUGUCUCACCCUUCCUUUCAUAGAUUGACCCAUUGAAGACUUUAUUUAUCUAUGGGAAACAUUUUAGUUGGCGUACCAAAUAUAUGACGAAACUAGCCUCUUUGAAUAAAGAUGAAACAAUUGAAAAGUAUGAGAAAUGGAAAAAAGAAACACAAUCACCUCAUAUUUUUACCAUACUUUUUACUACAGAUAGCUAACCUAUAGUUAGCCUGUUAAGUGUGGUAUCUGUGUCCCACAUACUAAAGCGCCAUAGUUACAUUACAGUAUGUCCGUAUCAGAUCCUCAGCCAACUGUACCUUCUCAGAUGCACCACUCUAUAUUGGUGUUGUUGUAUAAAGUAGACGCCUGGAAGUGGCCUUUAGUUUGCUGUAUUUGUCUCUAUAUUUACAGUAUGCUUUCCCAGGCCUGAGAAAAAGUCUGUGUCAACACCCACCUGCACUCCAGGGCUCUGAGCCUCGCCUCGCAUCGCCUGAGAACAAGGUGGUUUUUGCAGGCCAUCCAUUCAUGUUGACAGGAGUGUACUUCUGUAGUGUGUAUUUUCCCACUCCCUUGCACUCGCUGGAAUUCACUUGUGGGUUUGGUGUACCUGAACCUCUGGGCUUUGCACCUGAGUAGGAGAGGAGCGAGCGAGAGAGCUGCCAUGUCUUAAGGGGAUAUAUCUCCUACAAGUGCAGUCGGGGGAGAGGGGAGAUAUUUAGCUAUAGUUCUGGCUGAGAGAACUGAUGUGGACUGUGGAUGCUUUAAACUGACCAGGGGGUGGAUUGGGACCGGGUGUCCAUGUGGGCGGAAAGCAUUUUUGUGCCAAAACCAAGCAACUAUGUUUUUAUGAUCGCAGAUAAUAGAACCAGACACACUAUUGUAGUGUAGAAGUCAGAUAGCUUAUGAAUGAACUGUCCCUAUCAGAAAAUAAGAAUCAAGGGGGAACAACUCAAACAAGUCAACUGUGCUUGGUGGGCACAUGAAAAGAAAAAGAAAAACUCCCAUGAUUCAUGGCUAGUUUUGUCGUUUGAAUUGAGGACACUUAAACACUUGUUUGAACAGGUCACCCUGAUUGUAAGAAACUUGUAAAGCCAGUCUGUCUGUGAUGUUAAAAUAAUCACAGCAUAAUCAUUUUGAUGGAGUAUUUGAUUCAUUACCAUUGCUAUUGAUCUUAUCACAGACUUGACCCCAUUCUGAAAGGAUAGUUACUUUAUGCUCUGCAAAUACGUUUAACUGGUUUGUUGCGUUAAAGGGAGUACUGUAUCUCUGUACUUGUCUGUUGGUCUUGAAAUCUGUAAAAUCCACUGAAAUAGCACCAGCCAGCAAAAUAAGAGUACAUCUAUGCCUGAAAAGCACAUUCCAAUUAGUGCAUUCAUGCAAAAGCUUUACUUUUUGGUAUUUAGUUUUGAUUACCAAUUAGUCAACAAACAAUAGUCAACUUUUCAAUGAGUUUACUUUUUUUAGUUUAGCAUAGUGAAUUACUAUUGUGUAUCAUCUAAAUCCUGCCCUAAUACGGUAACCGGUGAAGUACUGGUUUAGGGUGGUGACGUCCAUCUUUGUUCAUGGUCAAAAAUAUAAUAUGUACACAGUCCUGUAAAUGUCAUUUUUGUUUGUUUGCUUGUUACAAGAUGUUUUUGAACCCUCCAAACGCGAGAGGAAACAAGGUCCACUAUAUGAACUACACUGUGGCUAAAGUGUUGACCCUCUUAUCAUACUUGUCUAGUGAUACUUGGUUAUCAUAGAGAAAAGAUCAUGUUAAAUACACACACACUCAGUGUUGUUGUGUUUAUUAUUAUUAUUAUUAUUAUUAUUAUUAUUAUUAUUAUUAUUAUUUUUUGAGAAACAAACGUGAACGACAUAAAGAGCACAUGUAAAUAAUAUAUAUUGUUAAAUAUAUAUUUUACUCUCUGACGGGGACAGUGAUGCACUGUUAUUGCUGGUGCUGCUUUGACAGUGUUUGGGAACAUAGUCAGCUAUUUAUUGUUAGUUGUUUGCCACCAUCUCUCUCUCUCUUUCUUUUUCUUUCUUUCCUUCUUUCUCUUUCUCUCUUUCUCUGUCCUUCUGAAGAACAAAGAGGACAUGUAUUAAUUGCUGUUAGGGUCUGCAUUAUAUUCUGUAUGUAUGCAUAACAGUCCUUUUCAUAAGGGAAAUGCACAGACAUGUUGAAUUUUUCAAUAAAAUGACUGCAAUUAUCAGCA